AUGUGGAGUCGUGUGCGAACAAAUCUGUGGACAACCCGUAAAGCAAUGUCCGAGGAUUUGCCCGAUCUUGCCCAUAUCGCGAGGUGCUCAGCUCAAGAAUCGCCGAUCGAAAUCUCUCACCAGAACAGCAGUUUUAAACACCUGGGAGGGCUAUCUCUACACUAUCACCGAAAUAUUGGCCCAAAUGUGCAAAUUGCGGCUAAUGGCCACGGGGGUUUCAAUGUCUAUCCAGCAAAUGAGGACUUUAAUUUUUUAUUCUACAAGAGAACACCUUUCCAUUUGGCCCAGAUGCACGCCCAUUGGGGAUCGCCAGACCAAAACGGAAGUGAACACGUCAUCGAUGGGAUACAGUACCCGAUGGAGCUCCACUUUGUUCAUUACAACAAGAAAAAAUAUUCGACUUUUUCUGGUUCAAUCGGUCAACCCGGUGGAAUCGCGGUGAUCGCCGUUCUUGUGCAGAUCGGAGAAAACAAUGUGGAAUUCGAGAAAAUCUCAAAGUUAUUAGUGGUUCAUCGAAGAAAACGGGACACUAAUAGUGAGAAAGAUGGAAAAGCUAAUGGUAGUGGAGAGACUUUUCAACUACCGACAAUAAUAACAAACAUGAUAAAUGGAAUAAAUGAAAAACUCGAAAAGCUUUUCGAUUUUCGCAAAUUAUUGCCAGAUUCUCUCGAUUAUUUUGCGUACGAGGGCAGCUUGACAACGGCCAACUAUGAGAAGUGUGUGCAAUGGAUUGUGUUGCGAAAUUCGAUCACUAUCAGUAAGGAACAGAUUGACACUCUCCAUGGUGUGUCGGCCGCGAACUUUCGACGUCUCCAGCCGUUGCUUGGUGAAACGAAAGUAGAGAGAAAUUUCCGAGAAAUGAAGAUUUUCUUUCUGCUCAUCGCACUUGUUCCCAUGCUUACCAUGGUUGAAGCUGGUUGGCAUUCUCUCGGUGCAUACGAGGCAAAAAGCCCUGGAAGCUAUGUACAUCGAUAUGAGCCGAAUAGAAAAAAGAGAAAUCCCCAAUUGCGACGUGAAAACGUAAAUGGGACAGUGGUGCCGCUAAAUGCGAAAAAGAAGGAACUGAUAUCUGCUCAAGGGCAUCGCACUGCGCUCAAACAACCGGCUACA